UUUACCAAAUACUGUCGUGAUACUCAGUGAAGAUCUGAUCGUACAGUGACAAAGAGUCAAUGUUUUUUUGGUGUCUAUGAUUUUCCAAGUGUCGAGAUUAGUUAUUUUACUAAGUCUAAUUUUUUUCAAGACGAAAGUUGAUAAUCUGAGGAUACAAAAACAUGUCAACUUCAACAGUUCUCGCGACAUUUUCGGUGCUCAAGGACCACGUAAAAUUGAAAGUAACAGAGGACCGGGCAGUCAUCGAUAAUAUUGUUUUCAGGCUUCACUACCGUUUGACUUUUCUCGCACUUGUUGCUGGCUCUAUUCUUGUUUCUGCUCGACAAUUUAUUGGAGAUCAUAUUAAAUGUAUCGUAGACAGUUCACUUCCUGCACAUGUGGUAGAUACAUUCUGUUUCUUCACAUCGACAUACACAGUGAAAAAGCAUAUGAAUUCAUCGAUGGUUGAACUGGGACAUGUACCACAUCCAGGUGUUGGAUGUGCAACUAAAGAUGAUGAAAUCACCCAUCAUACUUAUUAUCAAUGGGUACCUUUUGUUCUCUUUUUCCAAGCACUGCUCUUUUAUAUUCCUCAUUACCUCUGGAGAAAUGCUGAAGGUGGACGUCUAAAAAUGUUGGUAUCAGGUCUUCAUUUAGCUUCAUUGGCUCUACGUGAUGAACAGAUGCAAAUUGAAGGUGGAAAAACUAUUCCAUCUAGGUUCGAUAGAGAUGAAAAAAUUCGUCAGAUCAGAACAGCUUUUCUCAAUAGAUUGCAUGUCAAUAGGCCUUGGGCUUAUUAUUUAAGUUUCUGUGAGGUUCUCAAUUUCAUGAACGUCAUGGUGCAGAUCUACCUCACAGAUCUGUUCUUGGGUGGUGCAUUUCUAGGCUUGGGCAUCACUCUUACUGAAUCUGAAUACGGUCAUAAGAUGUCUCCUUUAGAUAUCAUAUUUCCCAAGGUUACUAAGUGCAUGUUCCACAAGUAUGGACCCUCGGGUACGAUCCAGACUCAUGAUGCAUUAUGUAUCAUGGCUCUUAAUAUUGUCAAUGAAAAGAUUUAUUCAUUUUUAUGGUUUUGGUUUAUUAUCCUGGCAAUUAUCUCUGGCCUUGGGCUUGUUUGGAGAAUUCUUACCAUGGUUCUACAUGCAAGGAGCAAAGCAUUUAAUAGAUACAUUUUUUCCUUGGCUUGUCCAGGAAAAUACAAUCCAUGGAAUGUUUUAAAACUCACUCAUGAAUAUCACUUUGGAGACUGGUUGUUCCUUUACUACAUUGCUAAGAAUCUAGAUAACUACGUGUUCAAAGAGCUACUGGAACAGUUGGCACAUGACUUAGAAGACCGUAGAGCGGCUCGUUUCAAGCAAUUUAACAUUCCCACACUUCAAGAGCAGGAGCCCUUGAAAAAAGCUUGAAGUGAUUCAUUGCAUCUUAUUUUAAAUUGUGCUCUUAAAUGAUAUGUUUCAAGCGAUAAUACGUUAUCAUGUACAUGCUGAACUUUCUAGUCUUAUCAAAAGUGUACGUUAAUAUUGAAAUUUCCAUUAUAAUGAAAUUGAACUACAAUACAAGUUAAGUGUCGACUCAGCGAAUUGUCACUAUACGGAUUACAAACUUGAUAAAAGUAUCCAUGACUCGUAUGGAAUUUUCUCUCUCUCUCUCGUAUGACGUGGUAUACGCAACCGGAAACACUGCGUAUGCUGAAUAAUGCGUUACAUCUCGGGAAAUGACUGACAAAGGAAGAUAAAUGCAUUUUACUUGAAUACUCUACGGAUAUUGCAUUUCGUAAGAUGAAUUAUACAUUUAUUUUUAUCUUAAAUGUAAAUAUUUGCACUUUUUAUCAUAAUAUUUGAAAGUGUUGUAUUAUGCAAGUACUGGUUAUGGAUUGAUUUUAUUGAUUUUACAAUGCAGUUUAUCGUAAAUAUUGGCUUGAUGAGAGAAUGUUUAACAAUGAGUAUUUAAUAUUUGCAUAGAUUGUAUUUAAAUAAUUUUUUGUUUUUGGAUGUUUACAAAUGAAACAUCACGACUUUAAAAGAGAUAAUAUUUAAAAUUACCAUUUCUUUACAAAUUAUUGAAUUUACUGAGAAAAACAAUGAAUUUUUAUAAAAAGCUUGAAUACUCUAAAAGUUAAGAAGUAUGUCGAAAGAAGUACAUUAAAUUUUGAUCAUUUUUAUUAUAUUUUAUUCAAAAAUAUAAAUUUUAUUUUACUUUUAUUUUAUUUAUUCAAUUUUUAAAUAAUAAUUUCAAAUACUCCGAAAAGUUUACAUGCAUGAAGACUUGACAAAUACGUCAUUCUAUUCAAGGUAUUUUCAAUUUAAAUAUUCUUCACUUUAGUCAAAAAAAAUAUUUUCCUGAUUAAAAUUAAUUUGUUUUUCUCAAUGACAAAGACAUUUACCAUGAAUAAAACAUUCCUUUCAAUUCGAAAUAAUACUAAAGCGUAACACUAGUGUAAAAAGCCCUGAAUGGAAAAUUGCAAUUUAUUAUCUUGUCUAUCAUUUAUCUUAAACAACUUCCUAUAACAGUCUUCCAAUGGUUACCAUCAAUCCAAUAUUCUACACAGAGUAAAAAGAAAAUAAGAAAGAAAGAAAAAUUACAUAAGAGUUUUAAUCAGAAAAAAUGAAAUGAAUAAAAUCAUAUCACAAAGUAUUAAGUAUCAUUCGUUUUGCAUGAAUAAAUCAGUUGAUGAUAUGCGUGUAAUCCGAGUAUUGGCACGAGUCUUACGAUACCAAGUAAAUCUACAGUGUUACAUAUAUGUGUGAAGUACCUCCCAUGCAUGUUGAUUGCGUAAAGGAUCCAGUUUUCUUUAGAUUAAACGAUGUAACCAAAUGCGAGUUCUUUGUUGUAAUGCAUGAAUGAUUGUAGUGAAAGAUUCAAGCCGUUAGUAUGAUCAAGUUGGACCCCUUACAAGACAUAACAGGCAGCAGUUAAAAUCAUUAGUGUCUUUGUAGACCUCUAGGAAGUUUCUCAUUGUGUCAUUACCAUGUGCGUACAGAUGUGUGGUGUAUGAUAUUAUGUGAUAAGAAGAACAUAUCUUACACGGACUGCUACACCUAACCAACAAUUUACGUAGCCCUAAAUUUUAUAAAACACAGUUUGUUAUGAAAUUAGGACACAUGUGGGUACCACCCUUUCAAAAUGACAUUAGUGAUAGGAACUAAAGUCAAAGCAGAUGUCGUUGUAGGAAUUCAAUAAAUAAACAGUUUUAGUAGAACUU